UUAUCUUAAAACUUCCGGUCCCGCGAGUCAGCUGAUCAAUCUCAUUCUUGUCUGCUUGAUAGAUCGUAGCUAUGUCUGGGAAAGAUAAACUUGCAAUUUUCCCCUCUCGGGGAGCACAAAUGUUAAUGAAGUCUCGUUUACAAGGAGCACAAAAAGGUCAUGGUUUGUUAAAAAAGAAAGCAGAUGCAUUGCAAAUGCGGUUUAGGAUGAUUUUGGGUAAAAUCAUUGAGACGAAGACCUUGAUGGGAGAAGUAAUGAAAGAGGCAGCAUUUUCAUUAGCCGAAGCAAAAUUUGCAACUGGAGACUUUAAUCAAGUAGUUCUGCAGGAUGUGACAAAAGCACAGAUUAAAAUUCGUUCCAAGAAAGAUAAUGUAGCUGGUGUUAAUCUUCCAGUAUUUGAAUCGUAUCAGGAUGGCACGGAUACUUACGAAUUAGCAGGUUUGGCAAGAGGUGGUCAACAAUUGUCAAAAUUGAAGAAGAAUUAUCAGAAAGCAGUCAAGCUUUUAGUAGAAUUAGCAUCUCUACAGACAAGUUUUGUAACUUUGGAUGAAGUUAUUAAAAUCACGAAUCGUCGUGUGAAUGCUAUUGAACAUGUUAUCAUUCCAAGAAUUGAAAGAACUCUUGCUUAUAUAAUAUCAGAACUGGAUGAAUUGGAAAGAGAAGAAUUCUAUCGGUUAAAGAAGAUUCAAGAUAAAAAGAAAAUAGCUAAAGCUAAGCUUGAGGCAAUUAGAGCUGAAAUGAAAGCUGCAGACCGAGAUUCGGAAUAUGCCAAUAUGCUUGACGAAGGUGACGAUGAUCUUUUAUUCUAAAUACUGUAAAUAAUUUGUUUCCACACUCUGAAGUAUUAAAAAAGUAUGUUUUGAUUCUGAACGAAUGUGUAAAGCGCGAAUCUAAUGAAGUAUGAUAAAAAUGUUCAAUCCUUUCAUGAAAUUCGUCAGACAAUAUAUAUAUUAUGUUACCAACACAUGGUUGUUACGACGUUGCUAAUAUUUUUUAAUUAUAUUACUUAUGCAACACGUCAUAUAAAAAUUAGUGCUAUAUAGUGAUCGAAAGAUGUUAAUAAUACAUUCUGUUAGACACACACCAGUGCAGUGAUUUGAAAUUUGCUGAAACUGUAUUGUGUAUAAAUGCACUCAAAGUACUUGUAUUAUUACUCUGUGAAUAAGGGUACCCUUCAACGCGAAUAAUUUGCGGUAAAUGUAACGUCAUGGGAGAUUAUAGAAUCAAAUAUUUAGCAAAAAUUAACAAAUAAUAAACAUGUACAUACAUAUAUUUAA